AUGACGGACGCUCUACAAAAAAGAAAUCACUGGAAAUUAGCGCGCAUCUCUAAAUUAGUACCGAGAAUCGACGGAACAGUGAGAGAAGCAGAAGUAUACUGCAACAAAAAGACACUUCUGCGCCCUAUCAAGCAGCUCAUUCCUCUAGAAAUCCAAGGGAAUGAAAGAGAGUCCCAACAGAGCGCAACUUCAGAAGCUCAACAGUUACAAUCUCCACCUUCUAAUAAUCGAUACAAUCUACGCCCAAGAAAGGCGAAACAUCGCUAUCCGGAAGAACAAAGUCAGAACAACGGUAAUAUCUACGGAUUUACCACUACCACAAAAAGAUCACAGACAACGUGGCCUACAACACUAUACCUAAAGAUGGCCCUCACCUUGGUUGUCAUCACGUUUAUCAAGGGAAAACACCUGCCCAUCGAGAAACCAAAAACGAAUCAAAAUUACCCACACCCAAACUAUGCCAGAGAAUGCAAAGAACAAGGGUUAUACCUUCAUGCCCCACAGGCAGAAGAAUAUGAAUUAUGCGUUAACAAUUACUGCAUAAGGGAGAAGACACCUCCACUACAUAAACUCUUACGCUUGCCACCAGAAGAAGUACUUCACGACUUUGAAGUAAACUGGAAAAUACGCAUAGGAGAUGGUUAUACUACAGUUGAAACGGCUUGUUCAGCACUACCUUUUUGCUCUGCAAUAGACUGUACUAUGUGUGCCGCCAAUAUUUUAAACCCCGAAUGUUGGCCUCUGGCGGCAAUUGCAGGACUAGGUAUAAUAAUAUACCUUCUCACUGCCAUCUGCUACACCCUCUGUGACAUACCAGUUACAGUUGGCCGACCAUUCCGCAUCAUCAUUGCGGGAAUAGGCAAAGUGCUUGACUUAGUGGCACUCUUUGUAUGGUGUUGCUGCCAGCGGACUACUCUCUGGGUUCUGCAUAGAGGAAAACAACAACAUCCUAACCGAAUUCUGCAAGCAUUAGCCAUAUGCAGCUUAUUGCAAGGAGGUGUAGCAUGCCAAGAGGUGAACAUUUUUCAAUAUCACCUGAGAAACUGUCGAACCACAACAGGUAAAAGCACCUGUAAAGUAGAAGUGGCCUCAGUGGUAAAGAUGAACCCCUUCAAAAAGGACGUGUGCAUAAGUUUCCAGAGAAACAACUCCAUCGUACUAAGAACGCGUCUUCUGUGGGAAGGACUGAGACUAAUCUGCGACCGCAUACCGGUAACAUACACACGGAAUGUGGUGCAAAAAAUAAUCGACAGUAAGAGAUGCCCACACAUGGGAUCAUGUACCGGAAACAAAUGUGCUGACAUCAACACGACGAGCAUACUACCUGAGUUGGCUAUCGGCAACUCCUUCCCUGGAAUUACUGGAUGCAUGGAAUCAUGCGGUGGCCCAGGAUGCGACUGUUUCUGUCUCAGUUCCGGGUGUUUGUUCUAUAGGAUAUACGCAGUACCAACAGAUGAUAACGUCUACGAACUCUUCAAGUGCAUACGCUGGAAAGAAGAAGUGAAACUCCGUCUCGAGAUCAGCAAAGGCUCUACACUUCGCACAUACGUACUCGGGCUCCACCCGAACAUUCCUAAUCAAAUCCAAAGCAUGGAUGUAACAUUAAGCGUACUCGCAACUCCACCAUUACCGGCAUUGGAACAAGUUUUCAUUGCCUCGACAAACCAAACAGCGAUAUGA